ACACACCACAUGAACAGCAAUGAUGAACUUUCUACCGAGAAGGAAAUCCUCAAACAGCUUGUCUUUACGUGGAGAAAAAGGGGCCUAGAUUUUGCUGCCACAGUAACUCUACGGAGGAAUACGAUCCUCUAACAAAACACGCAGGAGUGGCCUAUGCAGUCAGCGCAUAAGACGUGUUGACGUCACGUUUUGGAGUACUACCAACAAGUAUUUCCAGUAGAAACCAGUCCUCGACACUGCGAUAAUAGAGACUCCUCCUCUGCUCGCAGAUUUUCUAAGCUAUCGUAGAGAAAAAUAAAUUUAACCACAAACAAAAUUUGUGAAUCAAGUUUAAAAGUAAGAGAUAAACAAUAGCAAGGAUAGGAUAAUUCAGGAAGGUGAACGAGCAAUCUUUAUUUUGAUCGAGAAAUAUGAUAACUGAUAAUUGUAGGCAUGGUUAUGAGGAACUCCAGUUCAGGCCUAUCAUGAUGUUGUGUUGACAGAAAAUUAUGACAGGAGGGCUAAUUUGUUCGACCGACUUCAGUAUUCUGACAUUGCCUGACUAUCAGAUUGUUGAAAUGUAAGCAACGUGGAUUGCGCUUCUCCCUGGAGUCUCCCACCGCGAGCCCAGCAGGUUGCAGCUCAGCCGACGAGGGCAUGAUUGUGGACAGCGACAACGAGAACGACAUGCCGGACACAGGACCGGCUGUCAACAAUGUACUCAAAGAUGUUGUAGCGUAUGUUGAAGUCAGGACAAAGAUGGAGAAUCGCUCCAACAGCGUGCGAAAACAGCUGGAGCGUCUAGGAGCUGUGGUUGUUGAUAAGUUCACCAGCGAUGAACCCGUCACUCACGUCAUUUGGAAGGACGGCAAAAAAAGCACCAAGGAUAAAGCCAUCAAGCGGGGCGUCCACCUGGUCUCAGUGCUGUGGGUGGAUAGUUGUAAGCAAAACAAACAGCGUGCACCGGAAUCUCUGUUCCCUGUUACUGAUUCCAGUGACGACGGCACGAUCGUCAUCCCUAAAGCCAAGCGAAUGAAAUCCAUGCAGCCCAAGUCGUUUGAGGAGGAUUUGGAGAGCAGCACGGAGCGAAUGGUGAGGAAAAGGAAGAAGAAAGAGACAGGCCAAUCCUCCAGACUGUUCAUCAAUUCACCGGGUGCAUCCGUGAAGCCGUUUGUUUAUGCGGCCGAAACACAGGACGCUUUCACUCCAGUGGGAACACCUGUCCCAGGUGUCGGUGGCACGCCGUCUCUGAUCCCAGACACGCCCGCCAGUAUGCGCGCCUGCCUCAAUGCGCUUGGCAGAGUCCGGAAUAGCGCCAACACGCCAAUAUCUGGUUCAGAGAAACCAGCGAUCGGAGAAUCACCAACCUUUGGGGCCAAGCCCGACAUCCUCCAGAAGAAGUUGAGUUUUGGUCCGUCCAUCAACGCCGACUCCAUAACAGACGGCAACCAAGACAAGACAAUGGAUCCUAAUACUAGGCUGAAGAAAGGUCGAAGGUCAGAGGUAGGUCAGGGGUCAGCCAAGCAGGAGUCUUCCAAAGUGCGGAGGUUGUCUCUAAGGAUUGAGAAAACGUUGAGUGAGCAAGAAACCGACGAAGACCUUUGUCAGUCCAACGGCACAGAUAAGUCGACUGAAGUUCCCCAGCAUAGUUCGGUCCAGAAAUGCAUUUUUCCUGUUGUGCCGAAAAUCAGUUCAGACUCAAGGAAGCCGCUAGAAGACAAGUCAAAAACCCAAGCCAACAAAAACUUGUUUUGUGAAACAAACGCAGGGUCUCACAGCGAGCUGCCAACUAAUGGACGACGAAAACGUAAGCUCCUGUCGACAAACACGGACACCAUUCCAGGUGAAGUUCUGACCCAACCGACCGAAUCGAGCACGAAAGAAAAACAGCAGAAAGACGCCAGACUGUCCGGCAAAUCAUCAAGAAAUCUGAGCGAUAAAUUUGAAAAGGCGAAAGACGGAAGGCAGAAAACUCUGUGUAGUAGUAGUAAUGACGGGUGUCUACAGCAAGUUGAGUCGCCAGAUCCCGAUGGCAAACCUGGCAGUAAACCUGGCAGCAAACCUGGCAGCAAACCUGGCAGUAAACCUCCCAGGGGAGGGAAAACCUCAAGGAAGAGGAAGAAGGAAGAAUUAUUAUCGGAGUCUUCCGAAGAGGAGUCGAGCAGAAUGAUGAAGAGAAGAAAAGCAGGAGACAGUGAAGAAGUCUCCAAUUCACUUGUGGCAUCUCAUCGAAAAGGAGGGGACAACGCACAAUCAAGCCGGAAAAGUCUGGACAAUUUCACCCAAAAUAAAUGCCUGAAACAAGUCAAGGCAACGCAAAAAGCCAACAAGAACAGGUCGGCAUCUUUGUCAACUCUUAAUCUGGACCCCACCAAGAAGGCGAAAGACGACAGCCCCAAAAAGCCUAAGCUCGCCAACAAAAAGGGUGCGAGGUCACUCUCGUUGACCGGCGAGUCCACCACAGGAAGGGAUCAGAGGUUUGGUAAAACCAACUCAGAACCAAAGCCUCGCAAGGAAUCAAGAAAUGGCUCAGAACUGCAAGACGACAGUUCUGAUAGCUCGUCAUCAAGUUCUCCCAAGAUCGAGAAGCCUGUUCGGCAAGACAGAGUCAUCAAAAUCAAGAAGUCCACAAAGAAACUGAAGGACAGCAAACCAUCUCUUGUCAUGACGAGUGUCCACGCAGGAGACCAAGACCUCAUUGCCGCGGUCGUCAAAAGGCUGAGAGGUUUUGCCGUAGAAGACACAGUCUCCAAGGUGACCACCCACGUCGUCUGUGGCGAGAGCCGACGGACGUUGAACUUGCUGCGGGGCAUCGCUAGUGGCUGCUGGCUGCUUUCCACGGAGUGGGUCUUGAAGUCACUAGAAGCCGAAAAAUGGCUACCAGAGGAGCCCUAUGAAAUCCAGGGUGCUUUUCCUGCAGCAAAGAUGGCAAGACUGGAGCGAUCCAAGGCCGGCAAGUCCUACCAGCAAGAUCUCCUCUCGUCCCUCGGGCCCAUCUUUGUCCAUGAGGGCACCAGCCCACCCAAAACUAGCCUCGCGGAGCUCGUCCACCUCUGCGGCGGGCGGACGUGCAGCUGCGCCGGCCAGGCUAGUCUGUGCAUCGGUGGAGGCCGGAACCAGACCGGGGCACCAGCCGUCUCAGAGAAGUGGCUCCUAGAUUGCAUUUCUCAACAUGAAGUACUUCCCGUGGACAGUUACUUGCUCUGAUGGAUUCCAACUUCAGUUCAACUUCAGCUCUAUGACUGGACCUGGUUUUCCCAAGGAUUCCCGGCCCCGCUGUACAGAGACGCGAGAAAACGGUUGAUCAAAAUCGGAUACUGCAGAGGCAUUGAGCAUAACAUCACCACCUUGUUAGUUAAUUAAAUCGGUAGCCGAUCCUCAACUAAGUGGUUCAAAGCCAGGCCUCUGGUCCCAGAGAAUCGAGCAUGAUAUCAAACGAUAAAAGCUAUUUGGUAGAUGCCCAAGAACUAUUAAAAUGGGGAACUGGCUCGGAAUGCGACAACUCUUAGCUGCAAUUAUAUGCCGGACUGUGCAGGAAAAGCAUUUCUAUGUACCUUAGCAUUAGAUAAAGAAACAUCUUGAAGGUUUCACAGUUAUGCAAUAGAAAGAAUGAUUUCAUUGGAUUGCAGAUUAAAUUUUCAAAUCCACUUGGCUUCAUCUCGUGGUAGAGGACAUUGUAUACACAUGGGUGGAGAUCCCUAGGGUAAGGGGGGAUUCACCCCCUCCCCCCCACUUUUUGACGUUGGUGGAAACAUUGCCCCACUUUUCAAGCCGCUGACUAUGCGAACCCGUAACCUGCACCACCGACUCUGCUCUUGCUGGCGUCUCGAUCUGACCCAGACGGAGGCUGCCAUGUCAUUCCCCCAUCGUGACAAAAAAUCUCCGCCCACGUCUGUAUGUCAUCACUUCAAGAAGUUAUUCUCUCUAUUGCUUUUCCGAAACAUUAUUUGCGUGAUACAUAAUCGUACCCAGAUUUCUUGAUUGGGACUUGGGUCUUGCAGGUGAUUUCACAGUAUUAUCGCUUCGUCCUUUUGUAGAUGCUCACUUGCUCUUUCAUGAGAUAAUGUCUAACUGGUGAUGGAAUACACCUGUUGUACUGUAUGUAUCGACAGUCCUGCAUUUAAACUUAAAAUGGUAAGGGACAACAUUACAAACAUGUUACAAGUGAUUUGGAGUUUUGGAAAAAUGAGGGGUGCAGAUUCAUAGGUUUGUGGAUCUAGGAAUCUUCACCUAGGAGUUGUAUACAAUGUGACCAGUCGCCCACAAUACGGGCGUUUCACAGUAGUGUGCCUCCAAGAGUUUGCAACGCGUUGGCCAAUCACAGUGUGCCAAAUCUGUUGUUGACCCAGUGCACGGUUGGAAAUAGCCGAGAAAUUUGGUGUGUUGUGAUUGGCCAAUGCGUUGCAAACUCUUGGAGGCGCACUAUUGUGAAUCGCCCGUAUUGACGUGUAAAGUAGUUUAAUAGGACAACCAGAAUUAGAAGCCAUUCACUGCAGUGACACACCACUCAUUGACAGGUAGUACGCGUGUGUUACAUGACUCUGGGACCAAUAGGGUGUUGUGAUUUGCCAAAUGCAGGCGCGCAUUAAGCUGAAGAAUGUGCGCAUGAGUGCGGUGCCACUGCAGUAGCUUUGUCUACAAGCAGGGGCGUAGCCAAGGCAUCUUCUUUUGGGGGGGGCGUGCCAGAGUCAAUUUGCCAAAAACAUAUAACUUGUUCACCAACCUUGCGUGAACCGUGGCACGCUACAUUUUAUGCUUCAGGGGAAAUGCCAAUGGCCAAUGUAUAUCGUUUACUUAUACUUAUUUUUAUUCAUUUGCCAACCGAAGCUCUGCAUGACUGGAAUUAAUUAUUGAGGGGGGGGUGCCACUCCCUCCCCGGUUGCUAUGCCCCUGUCUUCAAGCCAAUUUGAUGUUUGCUUGUAUGUCCCUUGAACAUGUCGCAAAAGUCCAAAAUGUUUGGGUUCCAUGAGACCUUUUCCACUUGGAACGUUCGCAUUUCAGCAGGAACGGUCUGCUUUGUGCCCAGAAUACUGAGGCAGUGUUUCCAAUGGAGCAGCUGUCUACUCCUUGAUGAGAUCACUGCAUUCCGCAUGGAACAUUCCAACCAUUCCAAAUUGUGAGAUGCUCCCCUGGUUACCUCAUUGCCAUGCUGAAAAGACUGCUGUUGCGCCCGUAUCUGGCAUAACCCAUGACGUGUUUUAAUUGUUGUGUGCAUGUACAGUUAAAUGACCGCACUGUGCAUAUCAAAGCAAUUAAUUUCAAAAGCACACAGAGUAAUAAAUUGUUUCCUUGAAUUUAUCAUAUAUGAAUUUUGAAUUUAUAAUUUUUAACGAUUAGGAAUGUAGAAGUUCAGCCAGCUUUGUGUUAAAAAUAAAAUUAAUGGUGCACAGCUGAAGAUGCACUAAUA